AUAUCAAACCCAACCGACCAACUACAAGGUACAACUUACCUGCCCUGCCUUGCCUUGCCCUGCCUUCCUCCCCAAUGACGUUGUCUGCGCUAGUGGGACCCCCUUACAGACAAUUCACUAUACAUACGACCACAGCGGGCAACCAGCCCCUUGUCAGGUGUCUCGAAUUCACUCAACGGGGUUCGAAUAUGCACAAAUCGGUACAUGUACCCACAUCCCAGCCCACGGUCCUGCUAUGGCCCUGCCACUCAAUGACACUAAAAUUCAACGCGAACGCGGUGCGAACUUUAAAAGGCAUUUAUUUGCUACAGUGCCUACCUAUGGUACCUAGUCUAGUCAGUUAG